UGCAUUGGCAUUGCUGCCUGCGCUGCCUCAAUUGUUCAUGUCUGUAAUGCCUCGCUCCCCUCCGUGAUAUUGGAGCCCGAUCAUGGCUAGCACUACCGCGACGACCGCAGCGCCCGAUCCACCAUCCUCGACGAGCACUACUCAGCCCCCGGACGCAACCGAGCCCCGGACAGUGACUGAAGACGUAUCAAGCUCCCCGCCCACCUCCAUACGGCCCAGUCUCUCGUGGAAGUCGUUCCGCUCGUCUAUCACACUGUCAGAGAAAGCUUCAUCCCAUCUCGGCUGGGCAAUAGCAUUUCUCAGCGUAUUAUUCACCAUCGUAGCGCUCUCACCCGCAUUUAAGUCACAGGAUACGUCGGAGAAAUCGUUGAGAUUGGCCGAAUGGACGGCAUUGAAGGACUAUAUUGAAGAGUGUAGGGAAGAGCUCGCGGCGGGAAUACAGAGUCAGGCAUGUCUGCGAGCUAUGAAGGCGAAGCUACCACCGCCUCCAUACGUGAAACCGGGGAUACUUGAUAGGAUGAGGAGGGGCUUGUUGCAAGAACACUACGGGAAGCACAAUGGAACAAGCAGAGGCAUGCAGGUCAAACAAGAAGAACUGCAUAUUCCGAGGGUCGUUCAGGGGAUUGUUUUCCUUGGAAUCCUCUUGACAGCUUGCGUAUUCCUCUUCCUCAGCUUCGAAAGCACCCGGUCCCGCAUUCGGCGUCAAUCGCACCCGCUAGAUGCUUAUGGACAAGUGGAGAAGCUAGUACACGAAGGCGAGAUCGCAACAACUACCAUUUGUCAGCCUCCUAGUCCCGCCGAAGGCUCUUUACGUCGUCGCGCCGUCCGCACACACCCAAUAUACCAACGUUCUAGUCUUGGGUCGGCUAUACAUCAUGAAGACAUGGCUGAGAUCAGAAUGCGCCUUCGGAACGGAGAAGACGUAAACCAACAUUGGUCUUAUCUUAUAUACAAAUUGGCAAUCACGCCUUCCACAGCGGUGACGGGGAAACAGCUCGAGAUUGCGCAACUCUUUCUGGAUUUCGGCGCCGACGUAAAUGCACUCAAGGGCUGGAACGGGCAAUCGGCCCUCAUGAUCGCGAUCCACUUCGGCAACUUGGACGUCGCGAAACUGCUCAUCGCCAAUGGAGCGACGGUGUGGUAUUCACCUCCACUGAUUGCCUCGGAGAAACACCACUACACAAACUUCUCAUCGAUGCAUGGUUUCAAAGGCACGACGCCGCUUGCAUGAAGAAGCUCUUUCCGAUCGCUCUAUGUCUCAUCCAACAUGGCGCUCAUAUGCCGGUGACAAUUAAGGAGAAGUAUGUCAUUGGAAACCCGCUUUGGGGUGUUGUGUAUAUGGCCAUCUGAGAGAUCGAAUGGCCGGAGGAUGUCGGCCCUGACAGGCGUAUGCAGAGAGUCGGUAGAUUUUUCGUCGCGGAGGAGGAGGCUGGAGCAAUGACGGAGGAUGACGCGGAGAAUACACGGCAUGGAGGCCGUGGAGAGAUGAUGGAGGUUAGCAGAGAUGCUAGGGGCAGGAUAACGGUUGAGU